AGUGACCGCAGAGGCAGAGGGGUGGGCGGGCUGGCCCAUGGCUGAGGCCUCGCUCCCAGAGCUUGGGGGAGAUGCCGAAGCCACGCCCUGCCCCAGCAUCCCGGAGCUGGAGGAGCUCCUCAGGGAGGGGAAGGCCUCCUCUAGCCGCGUGGAUGAAGUCUGGCCCAACCUCUUCAUAGGAGAUGCGGCCACGGCAAAUAACCGCUUUGAGCUUUGGAAGCUGGGCAUCACCCACGUGCUGAACGCUGCCCACGGGGGCCUCUACUGUCAGGGCGGCCCUGACUUCUAUGGCAGCAGCGUGAGCUACCUGGGAGUGCCAGCCCACGACCUCCCUGAUUUCGACAUCAGUGCCUACUUCUCCUCCGCAGCCGACUUCAUCCACUGUGCCCUCAGCACACCUGGGGCCAAGGUCCUGGUGCAUUGUGUGGUGGGCGUGAGCCGCUCCGCCACACUGGUGCUGGCCUACCUCAUGCUGCGCCAUCAGCUGUCCCUGCGGCAGGCGGUGAUCACCGUGAGGCAGCACCGAUGGGUCUUCCCCAACCGAGGCUUCCUCCGCCAGCUCUGCCAGCUGGACCAGCAACUGCGGGGCGCAGGCCGGAGCUGAGGGGCCAGAGCCCAUCUUUACCCCCUGCCAUGGGGCUCUGCCACUCUGCCACCCUACUACUGGCCCUGCUGGUGCUGCUGGAGGCUCUGGCCCAGGCAGAUGCCCAGAAGAUGACAAGAGCCCAGCGUGGGGUCCACCCAAGAGCCCGCUACUCCGUCUGCUUCAUUCUGUUGUCUGCACCCCCUGUCAGCCACUGUCUUCGGUCCCCACAGAAACAGCAUCAAGUGUACGGAGACAAGCAGCUGGAAGCCGGCAGCACAAACUGCCUGUCAGGGAAGAUCACAGCCUGGGCCGGACACGUCCACAGGAUGGAUUCGCUGCAGAAGCAGGACCUCCGGAGGCCCAAGAUCCAUGGGGCAGUCCGGAUGUCCCCCUACCAGCCGCCUACGUUGGCUUCGCUGCAGCGCUUGCUGUUGGUCCGUCGGGCCCCCAUGCUGAACCACAUCAACGAGGUCUGGCCCAACCUCUUCCUGGGAGAUGCGUACGCAGCCCGGGACAAGAGCAAGCUGACCCAGCUGGGCAUCACCCACGUUGUGAACGUCGCUGCAGGCAAGUUUCAGGUGGACACAGGUGCCAAGUUUUACCGAGGAAUGCCCUUGGAGUACUACGGCAUCGAGGCCGAUGACAACCCCUUCUUCGACCUGAGCGUCUACUUUCUGCCUGUUGCGCGAUACAUCCGAACUGCUCUCAGUGUUCCCCAAGGCCGCGUGCUGGUACACUGCGCCAUGGGGGUAAGCCGCUCCGCCACGGUUGUCCUGGCCUUCCUCAUGAUCUGCGAGAACAUGACACUGGUAGAGGCCAUCCAGACGGUGCAAGCCCACCGUGAUAUCUGCCCCAACUCGGGCUUCCUCCGACAGCUCCAGGUUCUGGACAACCGACUGGGGCGGGAGACGGGGCGGCUCUGACCUGGCAGGCAUCCAGGAGCCCUGACCCUCCAUCCAGCAUGGCCCAACACGACCAGCCUGGCUCUGGGGACGGCAGCCUCUGCUGUUCCCGGUGACCUUGAGAUGUAAACAGCAAGUGGGGGCUUAGCUGAGGCAAGGGCAGGGACGGCUGGGUGGUGACCUUUAGCAGGUGGAUUUCCCCGACCCAAUCCAGAGAUUCUUUAUGCAAAAGAAAGUUCAGUCUGUCUCUAUAAUAAAAGGUUCAUCAUAAUAAAGACA